CCCCAAAAUACCCCAACAACCCCAGGCAACUUCCUCUUGUUAGCGGCUUCUGUACGAGUCUCAAAAGCCCUCCUUAAACCCUUGCAAACAGCAGCCCCCAAAUUAUGUACAUGCAUUUCCUCCUCCGUCGAAGCCACCACCAGCGUCAACAAUGGCGGACACUAUUCGACGAUGCCCUUUCCCUCAAACAUGUAAGAGAUCGUGGACUCGACCACGCUGUCGAAAGAGAAAAAAAUCUCAAACCACUUCUCAACAUCAAGAACCUUAUCAAAUCUGAACCAUCAAAAUCUAUUCCCUUAAACAUCAUCACACAAUCUAAAGAUUCUCUACAAAUCCCAUCUCGACCCAUUGAACUUAUCAGAAAAUACCCUUCAAUUUUCCAAGAAUUUUUCCCAGCUAGCAUAAACAUACACCCCCAUAUCAAGUUAACCCCAGAAAUUCUCAGUCUUGAUUCAGAUGAAGACUUAUUCUACCAAAGUGUGAGUUAUAAAGAAGAUGUUGCAGAUAGGCUUUUGAAGCUUUUGAUGAUAGGUAAAAUUAAUAAAAUUCCAUUACAUGUUAUUGAUAAGCUUAAAUGGGAUUUGGGUUUGUGUAAUGAUUAUGUGGAAACUAUAGUACCAGAAUAUCCUGAUUAUUUUCAGGUGAAUAAUGAGUCAAUGUUAGAGUUAGUUUGUUGGAGUCAUGAGCUUGCUGUUUCCUUUUUGGAAAAACAAGCAAUGAAAUGUGAAAGUGAAGAUUUGUUAGUUAAGUUUGAUUUGAAGUAUUCGAACGGGUUUGAGAUGGAUAAGAAGUACAAGAAAUGGGUUGAUGAAUGGAAAAAAUUGCCUUAUAUUUCGCCAUAUGAGAACGUAAAGAAUCUUCCUGCAAAGAAUGAUGAAGCUGAUAAGUGGGCAGUGAUAAUUUUGCAUGAAAUUCUUAGUCUUUGUGUUGGGAAGAAGGCGGAGAAAGAUAAUUUGCUUUUGAUAGGAGAGUAUUUGGGACUUCGAUCUAGGUUUAAGAGGGCAUUAUUGUUGCAUCCAGGGAUAUUCUAUGUGUCCAGUAAGAUCGACACACAUACUGUGGUAUUGAAGGAGGGCUAUAAAAGGGGAAUGUUGAUUCAGAAGAACUCGUUGAUGGAACUGAGGUAUAAGUAUGUUUAUCUCAUGAACAAGGUUAUGGAGGAUAAAAAAUCGAAAGAUAUGCAGCAAAAAGGUAGUCAUGAUCUGAAAGAAGGUGAUGCAAAGGAAACUGAUGUUGAUAUGGAAGAUGAAGAAGAAGAAGACGAUGAUGAGGAUUCUGAUGAUGUGCAUAAUGACUACCAUGAUGACGAGACGGACAAUGAGACUAGAGAUGUGAAACCUAGCCAAAGAUUAAACUUGAGGACAAGAAUUGAUGAUAGAAACUCAAUGACAAGAGAUGAUGAUAGGAGGCCUAGCCAAAGAUUAAACUCGAGGACAAGAGAUGAUGAUAGGAGGCCUAGCCAAAGAUUAAACUCGAGGACAAGAGAUGAUGAUAGGAGGCCUAGCCAAAGAUUAUACUCGAGGACAAGAGAUUAUGAUAGGAAGACUUCAGCUAUCUCUCCGAGGACGUCCUCGGGGAGAAAUCGAAACAGAGAUGUAGAAAGACCAUCAAGAAGAUCGUCUUGGAGAGAAGAAAAUAAUGGUGAACAAGAUGCUGGGACAAGAUAUGAGGACAGAAAGCUUCCAAUAAAUUCAUUGAAGACUUCGGCAGGAAGAAGUUCCAACAGAGAUGUGGAAAGAACAUCAAGAAGAUCGUCUUGGAGAGCAGAAAAUAACAGUGAGCAAGAUGCUCGAACAAGAUAUGAGGACAGAAAGCUUCCAAUAAAUUCAUUGAAGACUUCGGCAGGAAGAAGUUCCAACAGAGAUGUAGAAAGACCAUCAAGAAGAUCGUCUUGGAGAGAAGAAAAUAAUGGUGAACAAGAUGCUGGGACAAGAUAUGAGGACAGAAAGCUUCCAAUAAAUUCAUUGAAGACUUCAGCAGGGAGAAGUUCCAACAGAGAUGUGGAAAGAACAUCAAGAAGAUCGUCUUGGAGAGCAGAAAAUAACAGUGAGCAAGAUGCUCGGACAAGAUAUGAGGAUAGAAAGCUUCCAAUAAAUUCACUGAAGACUUCGGCAGGAAGAAGUUCCAACAGAACCAAUGAAAGAACUUCUCGAUCUUCUAGGAGGCCGGAGACUAAUGAUAAGCAAUAUGCUCACCGGAGAUCAAGUAACAAAUUUGAUCUUCGUAGAAACCGGGGAACAUCUGAACAGAGGAGGAAUUCCACACCAUGAAAAGCUAUUCGCUCUGCGAAGGCAGUGCACAAUAGGCUUGCUUUUGGUUGUUUUAGGUUUGUCAGUUCUUACUCACAUAUGCAAAGGCUGUAACAACAUAUUGCAGAAUCUUGUCUCAUCUAAUUUUGGUAAUUUAAGCGAAUUUUCCUGUGUGAUUCUUAACUGAUUGAUGUGUAUAGACUUUAUUAUCAUGUUUAUUAUUUUGCUUUUUGUCCUGUAA